CCUAGUGGUGUGGAUAGCCCAGUGAUUUCUUAGAUGAAGUCAGUGUCAGCUGGAAAGUGGGUGUAACCUCUAACGGUUCAUUUUUUCUUUAGUUAACCGUCACAAGGAAAAUAAUUAGUCUUUCCCUACAGGAUCGACAGACAAAGUGGUCCCAGACCCCUGGGUUACAUAGAGGAGUGUUUAAAAGAAUGGAUGGGAUCUCAUCCUAUCAGAGUGGUGGUAAUAUCAGCAUGGAGCUCCAAAGAUUUUCACAGAGUAUUGGUUCCAAUAUACAAAAAAUAUCUCAAAAUGUUAAAUCUAUGCAACAGUUAGUCAAUCAGCUUGGAACAGACCAAGAUAAUCAACAAUUACGAGCCCAGUUGCACCAAGUACAGCAUUAUACUAAUGGAUUAGCGAAGGAUACAACUGUAGAAUUACGUCAAUUUAAAUCUUUAUCCGUACCUCAUGGCCAAGAUAGUCGAACGUGGCAUAUGCAGACUGAGCGGCUUACGAGAGAAUUUACGCAGGCUCUUAAUGACUUCCAAGCUGCUCAGAGACAGGCAGCAUCAAAAGAAAAGGAGGCUCUCAAGAAAGCACGGGCUGACUCAGAUGCACAUUUCUUUGAUGGGCCUGGGCAGGGAGGUGCCCUCCUUGAUCUGGAUGAAAACAAAGCUCCUUCAACACAGUCACAGAUGCAGAUUCAGAUGGAACAGGAGCAGGAGCUUCAAGACCUACAAGAGAGAGAGAGGCAAAUUCGACAGUUAGAGUCUGAUAUUAUGGAUGUGAACCAAAUUUUCAAGGAUUUAGCUACCAUGGUGCACGAACAAGGAGAAGUUAUUGAUUCAAUUGAGGCAAAUGUAGAAUCGGCUCAAGUGCAUGUUUCGCAGGCCUCAACUCAACUUACCCAGGCUAGGCAGUAUCAGAAUAAAGCACGUAGAAAGAAGCUCUGCAUCAUUAUUAUUGGUACGAUUAUCUUGAGCGUUGUCAUUGGGCUGAUUAUCUGGAGUGCUAAGGAUUAAUUAGGAUAAAUCAAGGCGAAAAAUUAUCCUCCUCACACUCACUUUUCUCAUGAUUGCUCUCAUUGUUGGAUUAAUCAUCUGGGCCAGCAACUGAAGGUUUUGUGGGAGAUCCUCUACUUGAGAACUUUACGCUGAGACUAUGCAUUGGACCUGGCUGCGAACAUCUCUUUAACAUUGU